AACAAACACUCGUUGACUCUCCCAAACCCAAACACUUCUAACCUCUCUUCUCAAUAUCUCUAAUCAUACAUUUCCUCUCAUCCAUCAAACAUGGCUUCAACUUCCCAAAUUCCUAUCUUCCUACGCAAUUGCAAGACAGGUAACAUUACUGCAAUUCAAGCAUUUCAUUUCUUUGAUCUAAUGGUGCGUUCAUAUCCUAUCUCCCCCGUUUCUUCUUUCAAUCGCUUACUCGGUGGGCUUGCUAAGAUUAACCAUUACUCUCAACUAUUUUCUCUCUAUAAUAAAAUGUGCCUUGCUGGACUUUCUCCCAGUGUCGUUACACUGAAUAUAUUGGUGAAUUGCCUUUGUAAUGUCAAUCGGGUUAGCGAAGCUCUUGCGGCCUUGGCGGGGAUUUUAAGGAGAGGUUAUAUUCCUGAUAUAGUCACAUAUAACACCUUGAUUAAGGGAUUGUGUAUGGAGCAUAGGAUAAGUGAAGCCACACGGUUAUUUCUUAGAAUGCAAAAAUUAGGUUGUACGCCCAAUGUGGUUACUUAUGGGACUUUGAUCAAGGGGCUAUGCCAAACCGGGAAUGUUAACAUUGCACUUAAGUUGCAUCAAGAAAUGCUCAAUGACACUAGUCAAUAUGGGAUUAAUUGUAAGCCUAAUGUUAUUUCAUAUAGUAUCAUCAUAGAUGGCCUUUGUAAGGUUGGACGUGAAGAUGAGGCAAAAGAAACUUUUGAGGAAAUGAAAGCUCAGGGAAUGGUUCCCAAUGUCAUUUCAUAUAGCUCCUUGAUUCAUGGAUUUUGUUGUGCUGGAAAGUGGGAGGAGUCUAAACAAUUGUUUGAUGAGAUGGUGGAUCAAGGUGUUCAACCAAAUAAGGUCACAUUUAGUGUGUUGAUUGAUACGCUUUGCAAGGAAGGAAAGGUUAUUGAGGCUAAGAAGUUGCUAGAACUGAUGAUUGAGAGCGGUAUUGUUCCUAAUGUGUUUACGUAUAAUUCAUUGCUUAAGGGAUUUUGUAUGGUUGGUGAUCUUAAUAGUGCGAGGGAAUUAUUUGUUAGCAUGCCAAGCAAGGGAUGCGAACCUGAUGUGAUUUCUUACACUGUGCUAAUUAAUGGGUAUUGUAAAACCUUGAAGGUGGAAGAAGCAAUGAAGCUUUACAAUGAAAUGCUUCUUGUGGGAAAGAGGCCAAAUGUGAUAACAUAUGGUGCCUUGUUAACAGGCCUUUUUCUGGCAGGUAAGGUUGGUGAUGCAAAGAAGCUAUUUAGUGCCAUGAAAGCUCAUGGUAUUGCUGAGAAUUCAUGUAUAUAUAGUAUUUUCUUAGAUGGGUUGUGUAAGAAUGGUUGUUUAUUUGAAGCAAUGGAACUUUUUACCAAGCUAAAAUCAUACAACUUCAAAUUGGAAAUUGAAACCUAUAGUUGUCUAAUUGAUGGCCUAUGCAAAGCAGGAAAACUGGAAACUGCUUGGGAGCUUUUUGAAAAACUAUCCCAAGAAGGGCUUCAACCAAAUGUUGUGACUUAUAACAUUAUGAUCAGUGGGUUUUGUAAAGCGGGACUAGUAGAUAAGGCAAAUAUUUUGUUUGAAAAGAUGGAAGAAAAUGGUUGUACUCCUAGCAUAAUUACUUAUGAUAUCCUUCUGCGUCGUUUCUGCCAAAGUAAUAAAUCAGAGGAGGUGGUUAGACUUCUCCAUAAGAUGGUUCAAAGGGAUGUAUCACCAGAUGUUAGCAUUUGCACCAUAGUCGUUGACAUGCUCUGCAAAGAUGAGAAAUAUAAAGAAUGUCUAGACUUGCUUCCAAGAUUUCCAGUCCAAGAGCGUUGAUGUUGAUAAUAGAACACCACUUACUGGUAGACUCAAUGGGAGCUAGAAGAAGGAAUGACACAUUGUUAUAUGGUCUUGUUAGGUUGCAUAAUUUGGUAGAUUGCUUGCGUAAUUGCAUUUAAAGAUCAUUUUUCUAGGUUAAGAGCAAAUUAACUAACAUAGAGUAGAUAAGUAUGCGCAUCUAAUCAUAAACUUUGUCUUUAUAUUCUACACUCUUUCUCUAAUUUAGUUUAACUAACAUGGAGGAUCAUAUUCUUUAAGAGCAGUUUAGGAAGGGGAUCGACUGUUUUCUGGAUUACCUGGAUGCUUAUAAGAUAAACUAUCAUGUUAAAUUUGCACGAAAGCGAUAUCACAAGAUUGUUUAUUGCGAACAACAGAUUGCUGAUUGAGUUUGAUGUUUGAUGUUUGUACAGUUAACUUAAACAUCAAUACUGAAUUAUUAGAUUUUACGGUGGCAAUCAUUUAUAUUAUUCCUGCACCUUAUUGUCUA